AUGUCCAUUCCUGGCAAGGACAGCUAUGAGGUGGUGGAGAGCCCCUUGGUUCAUAGCAGCUCUGACCAUGAAUCCAGGCGGCACGGCCGGCUAUGUCGUCGCCGGAAGACUGGAGGAAACCCUAACGUUAAGAUUCUGAUGAUUGAAGUCGGUGUUGGGAAUCCAAACGAGGCUCUUGAAACCACCAUGCCGGCUCGCGCCUUCGAGCUCCGCAACAGCCAGUACGACUGGGGCUACAAGACCACCUUCGUUAAGAAGCCAUACUACGAGCGUGUCGACAAACCGAACACUGGUGGCAAAGCCCUUCCUGGCAGUAGCUGCCUGAACUACUACACCGGGAUCCCUGGAGCAAGGGCACGUUCGACGCUUGGGCUGAAUACAGCUGGACCUGGGAUCAGGUCGAGGAAUGCUUGAAUAAGGUCAGUACCAGGCAUCGUUGCGCAAAAUCCAAAGCAGUAUAUUACUGACGCUACUGCGUAUAGCUAGCUUCAUAUCAUGGCCACGACAAGAUCUAUUCUCCAGUAUGUGUCCCAUGCAGACCUUGUUCCCGAGCUGCGGAAGUUCCAUGAUGCCUCGAUCAUCCUAUUGUCCUGCAUGUUUUCCAUCUGAAGGACGGUGUCGGUCUUGACAGCCAUCUGGUCCGAGCGGGCCCUGCACAUGGCGCAGCCCUCCAGAAAUACCAGGAGAGUAGAAAGGGACACUUCAGCAGCAGGCUGUUGGAGUUGGUCGGCCUCCAUCGUAUUGGCAGCUAGCUACCUUGAGAAAUAUAAAGCAUAUCUCAAAGCGAAAGCCUAACACGGUGGCUUAGAUCCAUUCUGUCCCGAAGGCCAACCGCAUUUCGAAAUCAACUUCGUGGUAUGUUGUCUGUCUGUCUGAGAGUGCACCUAUUGCGAGGAAUCCUCAACUAAUAGAUAAUUCCACUUAGCCAAUAUUCUCCGACGUCUUCCCGUGGCACUUCCCCAUCCCUCCCGAGGGCAGCUGGUUAAUGUCGUCCACGAAAUGGUCCCCUUCUCUCAAAGCGAGGAUGUCAAGUUCGUUGAAUAAAUAGCACGGGUUGAUGCAUGGCUGGCCACGCGGGUUGGUCGAGUUCAGCUUCACUUCCCAGUUCCUGGAGAGGGGAUGGACCAGGUCGACGAUGGCGGUCCUUAGGAACGGCAAAGGAAUGAUUGGAUAUCAUCGGUGAAGAUUAUCCCUGGCCCAUGACUAGGCACUCUGAUGAGGCCAUGAAUAGGGUUGCCC